AUGGCUCGUCUUAGGGAAUGCAUUACUGUUGAUAACAAUGAUUUCACCCGAAUGUCUCCGGAAGUGGAGUGGACUCGUCAACUUACCCCACUAACUACUUCUUACGGUAUGGGCCAAGUUCUGCAAGCCGUGCUUGAAAAUGGUUCCAAGCCUUCACCUGAAGGUUGGUAUUUUUCACGUCCUUUUUCUCAAGUUACUUACAUUUCUAGACUGACCUUUUCCUUUUUUCAUAGUGCUGAAUAUAAGAGUUAUAUUGCCUCGAACUGUCUAAAGAGUAAAUGGAGAAAUGGCCUUGCAAAUGCAUUUAAAAGUGUAAUGACAAGAAAUGAGUUCAAAGGCGUUGCAGCGUUACCGUGCGGCUUACUGUGUUCGCAUCUACCAAUGCUUAGUGAUUUAUUUUAG